CGCUGGGCAUCCUUCGCCGUCGCCUGCCAUAAUAAUCGCUCCCGCUGGACUGUGGUGUUUGCGCCGCAUCCCCACCAUUGACAUUGCCUCUGCUCGACCACCGCGCCGCCCACCGCCGACGACCGCUGCCGGAGACGCGGGAACACAAACAACCAGCGCGAGGCACGUGCGGGCAUCUGGGCACUGAAGCGGGCGAGCGAGCUCCACGAACCAUAAGGCUGUCUACCCGAUCCGAACGAUGCCCUCGACCUGCGCAACGAACCACCCUCCUGCGAGCGCAUAGAUCCGCGGUGUGUCCGCUGAGCAGUUGGAAGAAGCUGAACAGCCUGUUAUCGCCGCGCCUGAGGAAACCCAUGCGGAGCGCGCAGCACAUGCAGCUACAGCCUGCUGGCAGGUCUGCUUCGAUUGACGAUCCCACGUAAUUACACCUGCCACUGCACCACGCCAUUGCAGUCGCGUCGACUGUAGGGGAAUACGAACACCAUGUCGUACUAUCAAGGAGGGCACUAUCAGCAGCAGCCACCUCAACAGCCACCAUCGUCGCAGCAGCCGCAGCAAACGUACCAAUACGCCUACGAUGAUUAUCAGCAGCCGGCGCACAAUGGAGGACAGUACGGGCAGGCCCAGGAGCCAUAUCAGUAUCAGAGCCAGUCCGGGUACAGCCAAUACCCAAGUGGAGGUGGUCCGGUGCAACAGCCGGCGAGUGGAUAUGCCUACCAGCAGGAGCCAUAUCAGUCGCCGAGGGCUACGUCGUUCAGCUAUGCCCAGCAACCGGCCUAUAGUCAGCAGUACAAUCCACAGGAUUAUGCUCCACAACCAACGCACACGCAAUCGGCAUACCAGCAACCGACCUACAACCCGGCCGCCUAUGCUAGCGUAGGACAACAAUCUUCAUAUGGCAAUCAAUACAAUUCUGCCGCAUACGCGCAGACUGGUUUGAGUAGCACCAGUGGACCCGUGGAUCCAUAUGCCUACUCACCUGGUACCCAUUCGACGGCCAGCUUUUCCUCACAACCACCUCCCAGCAACUACGGGCAAUCUCCGCAGCUGCCUUAUAGCCCCCAAGCACAGCAGCAGUACAGUCCGCAGCCUCAGUCACACCAGUAUACCUACCCACAAAGUCCUCCUCCGCCACCGCCUCCAUCGCACACUGCUCCGUAUCCCAGUUAUGGCUAUUCUCAAGCUUCGCCUGGCGCGUCCACGAGUGCACCCUAUCCGAUUGGUGAUUAUCCGGCUCAACCCAGCCCUGCGUAUACCCAGACUGCGGUGAAUAUGCCGACAGCAAUACCCAGCUCGAGGCCUGACGAGACGUGGCUACCAUCGCCACCAAUACACGGGAGCUUAGAACACCGCCCGUCUGUGUCUCAUAGCUCCGGCGGAAGACCUUCGCCAAUAACAGGAGAGGCCGCGCCCCCUCCACCUGCGCAUGCACCUUCAAGGACUGGCACGUUGAACAGACAUCCACAAGAGCGCCCCUUGCCAUCGCGACCUGCAGCUAGCACUUCUCCAGAUUAUUUUGAUAAUGGUGGUGUUUCCAGAACACACACUGGUUUCAGUAGCAACGGCGGAGAUUUGAAUCAGACUCAGGAUGAGCUCUUUGACGAAUUGAUGGAGAUCACCUCCGGACGUGGUUCUCUCAGCGGACGAAGCCCAUCAAUAUCACUGAGUCAAGCCCCAGCACAAUACUCGCCCGUGGCUACUCGACAAGACAGCCGAGCAGGCCGUAAUGGCGCACUGAAUGGCCAUUUGUCCCCUGUAUCAGCUCAGCACAGGACUAAUGCUCAGUACAGCGACGACAGCGACGCUGAAGCGGCGCAAGGUCUUGCAAUGAUGCGCCAGGCAGAAGAAGAUGAGACACGCCGACAAAGUGGCGGAACGCAGGUCGGAUUCAGUAGUUUCGGUUCUCAGCAGCCAUCACGCUUCCAGCAAGGAGAUGCCCAUGACAGUGAUGGAAUCCCUGGAGUCGACAUGACCAGCAUCAGUGGCGGCUAUGAUGUGCAUCUGCCGUAUGGCGAUCCUCUGAGCAACCUUCCGCCUGGCAGAGACCCGAUCGAUGGAUACAACCACAACACUGGCAUUUCAAGCCAACAGAGCUCGAUGCGCAGAUCCCAUGCCUCGCAGUCCUCGAACCGCGGCGACUAUGGACACCGAACAGACUCACUACGGUACUUCAAUCCUCAAGCUCGUGUCGAGGUGGGCGGCACUGGCGGACUGUCCGAGCCAACCGCCGACGGCAGGCGACACAGUUACGAUGAGGGUGAUGAAUAUUCCUUCAUGGAAGGAUUACCUGAGAGGUUCCCAGAUGAGCCUCCGGACAUCGGAUUUCAAGCCGCCAGCGUGGCAUAUCCGUCUCGACCUCUGCCGGCAGUCCCCUAUCCCGAGGACGAGCUCCCUCAACCAGGUGCUGAUCACAAAGCGCUUCCACCGCUGCCGGGUCAGCCACCGUAUGCACCCGAUGCUUAUCCUGGUGCCUCUCAGGCACAACUCGUGCCAAGAUCAACAUCACUCGUGAAUCACAGCAGUACGCCGCAAGUGAUGCAGCCUCUGCGAUCCAAGACUGAUGCCGAAGAGCGGCGGAUCCGCCAACAGCAGCAGCGAAACUCUGGAUAUUCCACAGAACAGACAACGCCUGCAGCUGCCAGCAUGCUUGUCGAUCUGCCGGCAAUUGGGAAACGAUUUUCGGCUGUGAAGCUAGGUGCUGCCGACUUCAAGAAAUGUGAGGAACCAUGGGCCUUGACUCAGUUGCUGAAGUGGCUGCUGCAAGUAACGAACCCGGAACAGAACACGGAGCUCAAAGAAGCAGAUAUCAGAGAGGCCCUCGUCGCGCUUUUCACGAACAAAGUGCCCACUAUGAAUAUCGCUGAUGCAGAGACACUGAGCGGAAAUGUAGUCGACAACAUGUACAAGGCAAGCGUGCUUGUGGCUACAGAAGAAUGGGUCAAACUUCUCCCAGGACCAUUUUCCGGCGUAAUUUUCCAGCUUACAAAACUCGGCUGCUACUCGCCCACGGUACACAACCAUGUCAUUCCAAACAUGAGGUGUUACUCCCACCAUUGUCAACGGACCUUGAAGAAGAUCAACUUGCAAGCUGCACCUUCAACAACCUCGUCAAGCUGGCAAGAAUAUUACAAACUCAGCAAGGAAGAAAUGGAAGCACGAGACAAAAAAGAAGUCGAAAGGCAGAACAUCCUCCAUGAAAUCGUGUACACUGAGGAAGUCUUCAUGGCAAAUCUUGAUGUCCUGCGUGUGCUGUAUCGAGAUCAGCUUGCUCGCGUGGAACCCUCGGUCAUUACGCCGCAGCGUAAGGAUGGCUUCAUUCGCGCAGUCUUUGGCCGCGUCGAUACCGUUCGACAGGCUAAUGAAGAGCACCUGCUACCUCAACUGAGAUAUCGGCAACAAGAACAAGGGCCCUGGAUCCAAGGCUAUAGCGACAUCUUCCGACAAUGGAUCCGAAAGGCAAGAGCCGCUUACGUUGAUUACGCGACAGACUUCUCACGCGCAGAUCACCUCGUUCGUACUGAAAUGGAACGGAAUAUCGAGUUCAGAAAUUUUGUUGAUCGAUGUAGAGGCGACAGGAGAUCUAACAGAUUGCCGCUCGACAGCUUCCUGAAGUCGCCUAUCACUCGUCUUCAGAGAUACACCUUACUGCUGUCCACUGUGCUGAAGACGAUGCUGCAAGAAACACCAGAGAAGACCAAUCUUCAGCUUGCACUGGACGAGAUCAAAGCUGUGGCGUCCGAGUGUGACAGUCGCGUCGCAGAGCAGCAAAGGAAGAUUGAUCUUGCGGAUCUCGAAAAGAAGCUUGUCCUGCGACCAGGUAUGAAAAAGGAGGUUGAGCUCAACCUUGACCACUUUGGACGUUCUCUCAUACAUCGCGGUGAUCUACAAAGGAUGGGAAGCAGCAGAUUCAACUGGCUAGACUGCCACGUAUUACUGUUCGACCACUACUUGAUCCUCACGAAGACUAUUGUGCAACGAAUCGGCGAGACUGGCAGGAUUGAGAAGUACGAUGUGUCGAGGCUGCCCAUUCCGAUGGAUCUUCUCGUGCUUGAUAGCCGCGACGAACCUGCCGUGCAGAAGUCAAGCUAUGUGAAAGGCCUCACUUCUGUUAGAGAAGCAGCCGGUAGAGGUACUCCAGGCGAUCCUAAUGGGCUUGCUAGAGCACCUACUAAUAACCCGGUCGGCCCUGGUGCGUUGCAGCAUGUGAAUACAGGAGCAUCUGCGAACACGCUCCACACCGUGUCCUCAAUGGGCGAAGGCAGAGACGACAAAAUUCUGUACCCGUUCCGCAUCAAGCACUUGGGCAGAGACGUCUACACACUUUUUGCGUCAACGGAGCAAGCAAGAAGCGACUGGUGUCACAAAAUCAUCGAAGCAAAGAGGAAGCAUGCAGCAGCAUUGCACGCACAGAAUGCUGAGCCCUUCCGACUGCGGGUCAUGGCUGACUCUGCUUUCGUUUACGAUCCGUUCGGAGGCAGUGGCAGAGGUGUCACGAUACAAGGAACACCUCUUGAUCGUGCCAUCAAAGAGGUCGAUACUCGAUUCAAGGACACAGGCAGACCCGGACCAAUAUGCAGAGCACGAGUCAAUUGUGCUACUAGCUUCUCCACCCCCUACCCUGGCAAGCAGAUGAUUGCUGUCGGCACAGACUAUGGCGUUUUCGUCAGCGAGGUCGACAACCCUCGUGGUUGGACGAAGGCCAUAAACAUGCAGCGUGUAACACAGGUUGCGGUGCUUGAAGAGUUCAAUCUCUUCCUGCUGAUCUCUGACAAAUCGCUGAUAGCAUGCCAUCUCGAUGUCAUUUGUCCCACGUCGCUCAACGGUCCAACACCUGCCAACGACUCGGCACGAAAAGCACCUCAAAAGCUUUCCGGAUCAAAAGAUGUCGGUUUCUUCGCUACUGGACGAAUGAAGGAUCGUGUGCUUGUCUUCUACAAGAAACGAGAAAACCUCAACGCCGUCUUCAAGGUCCUCGAGCCCGUCUACCAAAAGUCGAGCGAGAAGAAAGGACGAGGGACAGCAGGUAUCUUCAAGCGCGGCACAACCGAGUUCUUCCGAGAGUAUGACGAAUUCUACAUCCCGACCGAAUGCACCGGCAUGAACCUCUUCCAUUCCAGCCUCGCAGUCAGCACAGCUCGUGGUUUUGAAGUCUUAACACUCGACAAGAAACAACCGUGGAGCGUGCCGGAUCUGAACGCAGAACACGUACAGAACAUCGCACAGCAUGUUAAGGAUCAACGAGCACUAAGAAUGCUACGACUCAGUGAACAGGAGUUCUUACUCUGCUACACGAACUGUGCAGUAUACAUUAACAAACACGGCGACGUUUCACGGUCAGUUAUCAUGCGCUUCGUGGGAAGUGCGAACCACGCAGCAUUGUAUGGACCUUACUUAGUGCUGUUCGAUAAUGAUUUUGUGGAGAUUCGGAAUGCGCAGAAUGGGAGGUUAAAGCAAAUUAUUGCGGGGAGGGAAGUCAAGUGUUUGGAUGAUGGGACGAAUUGGUCGGCGAAUUUGCCUCAUUUGCCGCAGGGGGCUAAUGGGAAUGCUGCUGCAAUAGGUGCUGCGGCUGCUGCUGUUGGGGGCAAUCGGACGUUGAAGUUGGUUAUGCAGCAUCCGGAGAUGGAGAAGACGCAGAUUGUGGUGGAGUUAUUGUUGAAUGAUAAUUUGAAGGAGUAAGGAGGUGGAAGAGGGAAAUGCUGUCAAGCAGGGGGUUGAAGGUUGGAGGAUGAUGCUGAUGAUGAUCUGAGAGAGGAAAAGACACCUGGAUACGGGACAUUGGUACCGACUCCCUGGGUCUCCUCUCGUUGGAAUGUGUAUAAAUCUUUUGUUUGCGAGAUACCAUUGCGUUGGGAAAAACUUUUGGCUUUGUUGUUGUUGCUGUGGUUGUGGUGCAGAGUCUUUUCCUGUACGGCGCAAAGGUGAAAGCAUAGGCAGAUCUAUAGCAAGAGCGACGAAUCGACAGACGUUGUUGUAGCUAGCUAUGUAGUCUGUGGACGUAUGUAUACCUCUCAGUGGUAAAUUUCCGAUGCCG